AUAUCCGUCUAAAACUUUGAUUUUGUCAAAUCUAAAAAAUCUAAAAACAUGUAUCUAAACGAAACGGAGUCAACAUUCUGUACAAAACACUAUAAAAUUUUUGACAUAAUUUCACAUACUGUAGCAAAGUUUAUAAUCCGAUGUAUCUUAAAACAUGGAGACACUGUGUUCAUUAGUAGUAGGUGCCAAUUUAAAUCACUCGAUGAAAACCAUGGCGAGUUUACCAUUAUGAUUACAGAUGAGUUACAAAUGACGUAUUUCGAACGUAUAUUAAAAGACAUUGAAAACGGACAUAACUGGGAAGUUUUUGCUAGCAUCCAAAUGAAAUUUGAAAAAUACAGAAAUUUGUUAAUGCCAUAUUUAGAAAAAUUUAAUGCAAAAUUCUCUUCUUCAAGAAUUGAUUACACAACUGCACUACAUGUCACCGCAGCAAAAGGUUAUUUUGAAAUCUCAAAAAAUUUACUCGAAAAAAAUAGAAAACAGAUAUAUUACCUUGAUAGUAAAAAUAUGUCUCCUUUGCAUAGCGCCUCCUUGAAUGAUCAUUGUGAACUUACACAUUUAUUUCUUAAAUAUGGUGCUAGGAUUAAUCAGAAGAACAGCGAAGGAUACACCCCUAUGCUCUUAAGUUGUAAUUACGGACAUGUAAAAGUUAUUGAAAUAUUGUUACAAAAACACGGAAAUGUAAAUAAAUGUGAUAAUUAUGGUUGGUCUCCACUGCACAUGGCAGCGUCUGAUGGCAAUACUGACCUUAUCAAACUUUUAGUUAAGUAUAAGGCAAAGGUGAACAAACAGAUGAAUAACGGAAUGACACCAUUGUACCUAGCUUGUAAUUUUGGUCAUUUAUUGGCAGUAGAAAUGUUACUAGAGAGCAAGGCCGAUGUUAAAAAAUGUGAAACUGAAGGAUGGUCUCCGAUAAAUAUAGCUUGCCUGAAAGGGUUUUACGACAUAGUUGAAGUAUUAAUUUGUUAUGGCGCAGACGUAAAUAAAGAUACCAAUACUGGACAAACACCACUGUAUAUCGUUUGUAGAGAAAAUCAUAUAAAUAUAUUAAAAUUAUUACUUACGCAUGGUUCAGAAAUUAAUAAAGGUGAUGAGAAUGAAAUAACGCCAUUGCAUAUGGCUUGUAAAAAAGGUAAAUUAGACAUAGUCAAAUUAUUAAGCGAAUUCGGCGCUUUAACAAAUAAAUGCAGUAAAAGUGGCGAAACUCCACUACAUUGUUUGUGUUAUUGUGAUGAUAAAAAACAGUCGAACAAUCAAUCAUCAAUGGGGUAUCAAUUAAUGAAUUUGAUGAAAGUGGAGAUAUGCAAUUCAUUCUGGCUAAAGAUAGCACUAAAGAUAUCAUUAAACAUCUAAUCAAACAUGGUGCCGAUGUAAACUCUGCUAUAAAGAAUGGAAAGACCCCUCUUUACUUGGCUUGUGAACGUGACAAUUUAGAAGCAGUGAAA